UUCGACCUAAGGUGACGAAGGCCCUCAGGAUUGAUGCCAUUAUGCUGGCCUGUGAUGGAAACUAUUCUUUUGUUGGUCAAAACCAAGGUGGUCUCUUUGGCUUUAUGCAAAAAUCUUUGUCGAACGUGCAAGAUCAUAUUUGGUUUGAAAGAUCUGAAAUGAAGGACCGGUUAACCGUGGCGAAGAGGCUGCGAGAACAUGUUGAAGAUCCGAACAAAGAUCCCAUGCUUAUAUUUCCAGAAGGAACUUGCAUCAAUAACACCUCCGUUAUGAUGUUCAAGAAAGGCAGUUUUGAAAUCGGCGGAACGAUUUAUCCUGUUGCAAUAAAGUAUGACCCGCUUUUUUCGAACGCAUUCUGGAAUUCAAGUCAAUAUUCUAUGGUUCAUUACUUACUGGAUAUUAUGUCAAGUUGGGCGUUGGUCUGUGACGUUUGGUACCUCCCCCCCGUGACAAGACACGAAAAUGAAACUGCUAUUCAGUUUGCGAACAGAGUAAAAGCUGAUAUCGCAAGACAGGGGGGACUGGUCGAUUUAAUAUGGGAUGGUCAGCUGAAGAGGACGAAGGUAAAACCUGAACUAAGGCAACAGAAACAGGAAGACUUCGCCCAAAUGCUCAAAAUUGAUUAAUAAAAAAUGAAGGUAACACUAAAUAUAACAAUUCCUGGCUUCGUAGACCGUCGGGGACCUUCGGAGGGGCCUGGGUAAGCUAAGUUUUAACGUAGUUUUCAUCAGGUGAAUCAAAUCUGUGAUUGCAUACCUAACAGCGCCUCAGCUUAACUUUGAAGAAGCUCCUUCACAGUCGAGCAAUUAAUAUUCCUUGACAAAUUUCAUAUCAAAUUUUAUUUCCUUGCUGUCGCGAAGAUUUCAUGGGAAUUGAUUGAAGGCAUCGAAUAAAUGUGGUUGAAAGUGUUUGAAGCCAGAGGUGAUACUCGAACAAAAAUCAUAAACAACUCUUUUAGUUUUAAACAUGAACCAAAGCAGUGGUGAAAUGUGCAACUAUUUGCGGCAGGAAUCGAAAAGCUUGUUUAUGUCCAUGGAGCCAACUUUAAGGUGGUUAUGCGAAGUAAUAAAAGAUUUAAAGUUUUUCUACGAAGGUGUGAGCAAAUGUUAAGGCCCGUGCAUUUACACUAUGCGAUUUGUCGUAUACGAUUCGUACCCUGGCGUAUGUGAACGUGUGAACACACGUACAAAUGUCACACUUUAAAUUCUAACCUGAACAAAAUUGAAUGAAGAUUGUGGCAUAGGCACUCUUUUGCAUUUGUCAGAAUGAUAAUUGCAUACAACUUAUCGUGUAGUCUAAAUAGGCCUUUACACACUGGACUAUUUCAUAUCAGUUUCUAUGACGUGAUCACGACAGCGGUGAUUGAUUCAAAUUUUUUUGAUAUCAACGAAAGCAAACGUAUUACCCAAAAAUUUUUACCCAUCAUGCAAACGUAGGUGUAAUCAAUUUGAAAAAUUGCUUUUAUAGUAUAUUAACAAUCAUACCCCAGGAUACUUGUUCUGUCCAGUGUUCGCAGAGCGAAU